ACGACGCCUGUUGCUCUGAAAGGUGACGUAUACUUCCUGGAGCAUGCGCAGACUCGUGGCGAGAAGAUGGUGAUCAUCAAGGAGUACCGUGUGGUCUUGCCAUGCUCGGUAGAAGAGUACCAAGUGGGCCAACUUUUCUCUGUGGCUGAGGCCAGCAAAAACGAGACCGGUGGCGGAGAGGGCAUCGAAGUGCUGAAAAAUGAACCGUACGAAAAAGAGGGAGAAAAAGGACAAUACACGCACAAGAUCUACCACUUAAAGAGUAAAGUGCCUGGUUUUGUGAAGAUGAUCGCACCAGAGGGGGCUCUAGUAUUCCAUGAAAAAGCCUGGAACGCCUAUCCAUACUGCCGCACUAUUGUGACGAAUGAAUACAUGAAAGAUGAUUUUAUGAUCAAAAUUGAGACCUGGCACAAACCAGAUUUGGGCUUCGCAGAAAAUGUGCAUGCAUUAGACCCAGAGACGUGGAAGACGGUCGAGGUGGUGCACAUCGACAUCGCAGAUAAAUCACAAGUGGAGCAUGGAGACUAUAAGCCAGACGAAGACCCUGCACUCUUCCACUCUGAGAAGACAGGACGAGGUCCACUAGGCCCAAACUGGAAGUCAGAGCUCAAUGCAAAGACGGAUGCUCCACGAAUGUGUGCGUACAAACUCGUCACGGUGAAGUUCAAGUGGUGGGGCCUUCAAAGCAAAAUAGAGCACUUCAUCCACAAACAAGAGAAAAGGAUCUUUACCAAUUUCCACCGGCAGCUCUUCUGCUGGAUCGACAGGUGGGUGGAGCUCACCAUGGAGGACAUCCGGCGGAUGGAAGCUGAGACACAGAAGGAGCUAGAGGAGCUUCGUAAAACCGGUCAGGUACGAGGCACCAGUGCUGCUCAUGAACAAUGAGACAAAAAUGAAAGAAUCCUACUGAAAUUUGCUGAUGAAGGAAUGACGACACGACGCACAAGCAGAGACGGCCUGUGGCGUGUUCGAGUCCUCCACCACAGUGAUGGGAACAUCCUAAAGGAUCAGUAGUACUGUAGCCACCUCAACAUCUUACUCAGCACACCAAUCAGCCUCACACCGACACAGAGACUCACACCUAUAUCUACUUGCCUAUAAUGACUUGAUUGGAGAACAGUAGAGCUUGUGCUUUAGAAUUAAAAAUGAAUUGGAUUAUUUUAGGGGAAAAAAAUGAACGUUUAUUGAUAUUCCUUUAAACUCCGUGGCAGAAAUUGGACCAAUUUUAACUGUCUUAUAUGGCAACGUCCCAGUGAUAACUGUAGGUCUUGAGGGUUCUUUUUUCCCUCCCUCCCCCUCCCUCCUUUUUAUUUUUUUUUUCUUUCUUCCCUCUUGCUGUGCUGUCUCGCCAUUUAACCCCCACCCCCAUCAAUGUUUCCCCUCUCAGAACAAGCACUUGUCAGUGGGAUUGUGGUGUUUCUAUGUUUAUUUUUUUUUUAUUAGUAGUAAUAAUCCAAUGAUCUAAUGAUAUUCUAGCCAGAUAUUUAGUGGAUUUAUAAUAGCUUUGUAUUUCUUUUUUUCUUGUCUAUUUUAGAAAAUAUUAUGCUGUUGCAUGAAGGGAGUAAUCUGCAGCUAGAAAAGCAAGCGCACGCUCACAUGCGCGCACAACUUGCCAUCAAUCAUUCUGUCACAUAGGGUGAAGCACACACCGACCACAGAACCUCUUUGGUUAGUGGCUUUGCAUGAGCUUUGCUAUUCCAUGACAGAGCAGGUGUUUUUUGUUUUAUUUUGUGCUCUUUUUUUUUUUUCUUCUUCUGCCCUUUCCCCCUUUUGACUGAAGGUCUUCCUGACCUCAGAGGGGCCUCCGUCCUCAGCACGUCCUCAGUGUGUGCAUUUAUUAGUGUUGAUUCCUUCAUGAUUCAGGCAACCAGUGGAAAUACUGCUGCUUUUCUAGAGCUCUUAGCGCUAGUGACAUGCUGCUAGAUCUUGAAUGUCCGUGUAUUUCUUGGUGCUGGUUGAAAUGCUAAUCCUCCAAAAGUCAAGAUUUUCAAAGCAUCGAAAAAUGACUUCUAAGCGUCAAAGUACAAAUUACUUUGAAGCUUGGAUGCUUCACAUUUUAGAUGCUACCUGAAACAGGCCUUCUGGGUGAACCUUCUUAUGCCCGCUGUCUCAGUCUGGCGUCUUUAUUCCCAUUAGCCAGCGUAGCAAAAAAAAUAAAUAAAUAAAACUGGUUAGCUUUCUUGCACUGGUCACACAAGAGACUAAACCUGCUAAACAGGGCUUUUUUCACUUUUCUCUACAAUGUGCUUUAAAUAGUAUGUGUACAGUUUUCUAUAAUAGAGACUUUAAAAGGUGAUAUUACAUUACAUUAUUUCAUUAUGCUCACUGGGAGUGAGAGACACAUCUGUACAAGAUUUUUAAAUGUAGAUAUCCACUUUUAUAUUUAGUAGUGUGUGUGUGUGUGUGAUGGACCACAGAGUUUCCUGAACAGAUUAAGAUUGGAUUUUGAAAGCCUGAUGCUUUGUAACCCUUCUCACUCCCUCCUCUAUUGCUAUAUAACAAGACAUUUAUUGAUGGACCCCGUGCAUUCAGAGUGAAUCUUUUUGACACAAUAAAUGGAUUGGAGCAUUGUGUACAUUUUCUGUAAGAAUAAGUUCACUUCCUCAGACCCAUCACGCUUCUUUUUUCCGGUUCUGUCACUAGAUGAAUGCCAGCCUCGGUGCCAUCAAGUGUUUUUAGCCUGAAUUUAAAAAAAAAAUAUAUAUAUAUAUUUCAUUUUUUUUUUCUUUUUAACCCUGUUUCUUCAUGACUGAUGGAUGCACUGUAUGUGUAUUAGUUAGUUCUCAUGUAAAACUUCAGGCUCAGUGAGUUUCUCAUCAGUUCCCUUGUACACUUUUAUACACUGAAUUUUGGGCAGAUCAAGCUGUAUAAACACAGACCUGCUAUAAUCAUGUCAUCAGGGGAAAUGUCAAAAAAAUGUACAAUGCAAAAAAUGUCUUUUUUUGUUUUUCAAUUGAAAUAAAACCGUCUGGAUAAUUUAAGCUGAAUGGAACUCGAUAUAUAAUAAAUUCCUCAAGUCUCUUCGCUGUUUA